AUGGCUCUGAAAUCGCGUUUUCUGUUGUCUUUGGCGGCUUUCUCGUCACUCGCAGUGGCCGACACGGCUGGCUACUUUGACAAUACUUCGUUUUGUGUCGAUUCCAAGGGGUUCGAGAAGUGUUACGAAAAGGUAAAGACCAGCUAUGAGAAUUGCAUCAGUAGCAAUUGCUCGGGUGGGAGUAAAAGCUGUUACGAUUCAUGCGACGGCGAUACUUCAUGCAUGGGGACGCACUGUCCGAAUCUAGGAAUUGACUGUAUUAACGCUUGCGGAUGUGUCCGGGCCACCGACCAGAUUGAUUGCGCUGCUUCCAGUUGCUGGAAUCAGGUCUACUCUUGCGAAUAUCAGCAAACAGCAGAGGACGUAAUCAAGCUAUGCAUCAACUUCGACGCAGAUCAGAUUCCGUACUGGCCACCUCCGGAUGAUGCGAUCGGUGGAUGCUCUUGCAACAUCGCAAAAGCAGAUCGAAAGGAGUUGCUGAUCUCGGCGCAGCUAACGGAGUGCACCAACAACAUGACCAAUCUUGACCAACUGUCGACGACGGACGAGAUAACAGUUUACGAGCAGGCCUGCAUGUGCUGUGCGCAAAGCGCCAUUGUCUCUGCGAUCUGGGGUACAUGCCCGAACACCAAACCAUCCCUAAUCGGAGCCGACGAUUGGUACUCCAUGUUUCUAGGACCAAACCACUGGGAUGAGUGUGAGGAAUACCUUGCAGCAUACGACUGCGACAGGGACUUGGGAUACGCUGCCGAAAGCGCAGGGGACACGCACACCUUUUAUAAGCCGAAUAACAUCCCAAAGAACGGUACUGAGUCUCUCUUCAACACCGGUAGUGCUCUUACCAGCCCCGUCAGCGGAGCCACUUUUACCUGGACCGAGGGCACUCUUCUCCACGGUAUCACUGCUGCGCCAACCAGCCACAUGGCCUCGGCCACUGGCACUCAUGAUCAAGGAACUACCGCUACCGAGACUGGUGCCAGCGCCACAAAGAUCGGCGGCGCAACUUCAUAUCACUGUUCCGCCUGGGCGGGAGUUGGCUUCAUCGGCGCGCUUGCCUUAGUGAUCGCUUGA